UCUGCAUUUCAUUUCACUUGCAAGGAAAGAUGCUGGCUGAUAUAGAGAAACCUAUAUGCCCUGCGGGAUUAACCUUUGAAGAACUUCUGGAUCGACAGCUUAAAAUAGACGACACGAACCCAUGCUCUAAUCGCGCUCAGCAUCGCUCUCCAUUAAAAACUAUCUCGACACCGAGAUCGUCGCCCACAUGCCGAGAGGAACUCACCGAGAAUGCAAAUCCAGCGGUCGAAAAAGCAAUAGAGAAUGACGAUGUCGAUGUAAUACUAGAAACGCAAGUUCUUACUCCAGCCCGCCUGGCGAAUAGAAAAAGAUGGCAUCAAAUUCAACGGUCGGCUGCUGAUCAGCGAGAUGAGUUCGAAGAACUGGAACGACUGAUUCUUGGGGGAUCAACAUCCGAUGAGGAGGAAGAAGGAGCUUCCACAGGGCCCGCGAAUGAGAUGGAUAAUAGUGCAAAAAAGGAAGCAGAUAGUGUCGGAAGGCGGGUGAACGGCCGUGGUCACUGUUCCCCGAAAGCAUCAGCCGAAAAUCUUUCCACAACAAAUCGCCCAAGGAUGACUUCAACCAAUGGCAAUCUUACUGCCGACCCUGGGUUACAUCCAAUGCACAGAUUUCGAGGACGUAAUAACUCUUCGCAAGAUAAACCAUUGAUUACGGAAGAAGAUGAACCGAAGAACUGGAGAGAAGUAACCAGCCCUAUGGCGAGCUCAAAGAGGUUCCUCUCUAAAGUCUUCUCGGAAGGGGAGCAGCCAGGCCGUCUAGAUAAUGUUCCGGAUAGCGCGCAUCCGGGAAAUGGGGUGGACAUACCAAUCGCAGAUGCUUCAGAUAUAGAAGCACAAGCUAGUGAAGGAGACAGCUCCAGCGCCGGGAUUGGUCCCUCAAGGCUUUUAUACAGCCUGUUUCCGGGGCUGAGGCCAAAAUUGAACAAGCCUGCAGAGGAUCCAGGGAAACUUGGGGAGGAAGCAAGUGACGGACUACCAAAAAAGUCCACGUCGACGAUAGAAGACGAAUUGAAACAGAAGCUCCAGAACUUGCAGCAGGAACUUGAAAAGUUCAAAAAAGCAGACGAUCUCACUCGACGAGGAUCGCGCGAGAACGAGCAAGCUAUGAAGAUCCUGGACGGCGAGAAGAAGUCUUUCGAGAAGUUCAAGCAGGAAGAAAUCGAAAAGAUCAAUCAAAUGCGAGAAGACGCGUUGCGAGACCUUAAAAGAGAACGUAAAAUUUGGGAAAAGCAGCGAAAGGCAGCUGAGAUUUUGCCGACUAAAAGAGAGAGACAAGAUGUCGAAUUGCUUCGAAAGCAGAUUGAGACCCUGCAGGCUAGCUUUAAGGAGAAAGAGUCCAGGAUGACUCUUGCUCAGGACCGCUUGAAGCGACGCGUUGAAGAUCUAACUCGAAGAAAUAUGGAACUGCAGGAGGAGGUGAAGGUUCUUGAACAGGAACGUGCAGCAUAUGUUGAGCGAAAUCAAACCUGUCUUGAAACCGUUCACAGACCGCCCGUUUAUGCAAAGCACCAGCCUGUUAUCAUUAAGCAUGUGAAGGGUGCGGAAUCAACCCCCACAAAUGGAUGGACAAGCCGUGAGGAGGAACGAAUCGGAAGUUCUGCUCCUUCGCCCAGUUCUACUACGCAGAGCAUCUCUGCAGUCACCAAAAAGCGGGUCUCUCGAAGAUCCAUUUCGAACAGUGCUAAGUCAAAGGCUGCCGUGGCAGAGCUGGACGCGCUUGAGAAAAGGUUGAGCUUCUCAGGGUGUGUUGAGCAACGGACAACGUCCGAUGGGAAACUCGAGCGUAUAUAUGCGAACGGAAUAAAGCUCGUCCGAUACUCCAAUGGUACAUUAAAGGAGGUACAUCCUGAUGACGAGUUGAUAGUAAUACAUUUCACAAACGGCGAUUCAAAAACGGUGUUCGCGGACGGUCGCAUCGUAUACUGGUAUACCGAGCAACGGACCUUACAUACGACAUAUAAAGAUGGCUUGCAGGUGUACGAGUUCUCUAAUGGGCAGGUGGAAAAGCAUUACCCUGACGGGACCAACGAAAUCGUCUUCGCGGAUAAAACGGUGAAAUACAUCUUCACCAACGGCGAGGAGGAGAGCCUCUUUCCUGAUGGGAGAAUACAACGUGUUGAAGAGAAUGGAAAGAAAACGUGGGAAUAUCCAAACGGAAUAAAGGAGGUGUACCUAAAUGGAGUUAGGACAAAAUACUAUGGAGAUGGUUUGGUGAAAAUUUCAAACCCGGAUGGUACGGAGGAAAUGCGAUGGUCCGAUGGGCGGGUGAAAGUCAGAGACGCUGAGGGGCGUGUGGUGUAUGAUAAUAAGGUUAUGGAAUAGCAACGAAGAUGCGAAAGAAUAAUAAUAUAUAUUGGCUUCCGGGACUGUUGUUCCGGAGGUAUCCCACGGUACUGUACAUUUUCAACAAGAGAUAGAAUACUAGAAUUCGAAUGUGAGCUAUCGAUGAAGAUUGUAAAUUUGGUGAAAAGGAUGUCACGCGUCCUUUUUUCGUAGGUAUUCUACGGAUGUAACGUCGUGAGCCUACGAGAUCGGGCAACCUGCGAGCUGAUAGCUUCAUCAUGCUACUGUACCUUGAUAUUCUUCCAGAAUCAAUGGCGUUUGUACCUAAAGAAGGAGGCAAAUGCGUCAGCGCUCUCAUGCUAUGAAUCGCAGAUAUUUCAAUCAAACCUUGUUCACUGCUUGCUUUACAAACCGCCCAUCCUCCAAAUAGAGAAGACGAUCUGCGUAACACUCGACAUCCGGAUUGUGCGUUACCUACAGUGAUGGGAGGUGAACAACGACAGAGCCAAAUCAAUAUUAUGUUGGCAGUCUCUUGAACAACAUACCGAACCUUCGUACCAUGACGCAUGUUGUCUUCUUUUCCCGAUUGAUUCUGAGAAGUAGAUUCAUAAUAUCUAUGGUGUUGGCGGUGUCGAGAUCCCCGGUGGGUUCAUCGAGAAGCAGGAUGUCUGGAUCAUUUGACAGCGCUCUUGCUAUUGUACUGUACGAAUUUUAUGUAAAUAUUUACAUACUUGGCACUUUCUUGGUAAAAC